AGGUGUAUUCAUGAUAACCAGUGUUCUUCCCUUGUCUGCCGGUAGGAUUAUGAUAUCUUUGUCCUUCUUUAGAUUCUUCAAUGACAGUCUUUCAGAUUUUUGCAAAUUGUCCUUUGGUGUUUUUCUUUUCUGUAGCGUGAGGCUUACUUAAGCUCUUACAGAAAAGGGUGCUGGGGCAGGGGUUCAGAUUAUACACAAACUGUACGAUGAUAAAGGGAAAUCGAAAGAGUACGAAAGAGAAUACGGGAAAAUUUGUCUGGCAAAGGAAAGCAUUAUUAACAAAGACUGAGUUUGGUAAAUAUAAAAACAUGUUUGCACCACCUGUAAGUGAAUCUUCAAGUGAAGGUGAUGACAGAGAUGAAACUACUGAUGAUGAAGUGGAAGAUGAAGAAAAUGACAAUAACGAAAAUGGACUAACUGUCACUAAGGUUUUAAAGACAAAAGAAACAAAAGGCAGUUCUUCUGGAAAGAAACGGAAGAACAAAAAAGCACAUCUACGUAGAAACAUUCGCAAUGUUUUUGAUGACACUAAGCUUGCUGAAAGAACCCAAAAGUUGAGAGAUGAAGAGAAUGAACGUAGAAGAAGACUUGGUAUAGAUAUCAUAACAAAAAGUGCCCCGGUUAUUAAAUCAGGGCAGGUUCUAAACGACCCCACAUCACUGAAGAGGAAACCACCAGAUGUUAUCUGUCUGGAUUCGGAUAGUGAUGAUGGCAGCAAACCUCCCCCACUAAAGAAAAGUGAGAGUAAUAAGGAGGUUGUAGUAUUGAGUUCUGAUAGCGAUGAAGAGGAUUUGGACAACUUUCGUGAUGAGAAAAAAACACAAUCAGAUGAAUACUACAGUGAAUUAGGCUUGCACACUAAUGAUUUGCUAAAUAUCCGAGAUACAGAAGGCCGUGUUCUUAUCAAUGUGAAUCACACAGAUAAAGAUAAAGAUAUAUUUGUCCAUGCAGCUAUAGCUAACGCACUAAAACCACAUCAGAUUGGUGGUGUUCGUUUUCUUUAUGAUAAUUUAAUUGAAAGUAUUUCUGGUUUCCAAGCAGUGGAUGGUAACGGAUGUAUUUUGGCACAUGCAAUGGGGCUGGGAAAAACUAUUCAAACUAUAACUUUCAUCGAUAUAUUUUUAAGAUAUACAUUUUCAAAGAAAGUGUUAUGUGUUGUUCCUGUGAAUACAAUUCAAAACUGGCUCAAUGAAUUUAAUCGAUGGCUGCCUCCUGGUCCAAGCCAGCAAGUAGAAGUCAAAAAACAAGCUAAGCCAGAGGAUGGUGACAAACUGACUGUAAAGGCAUUAUUGGACGAGGUUGUGGACUUCAUUGAAUAUAGAAUAUGUAAAAUGGCAGAAAAGGAAAAAAAAGAGCAAAGCAUCACACAGAGGGAGAACAAAACUGAAGAAACAACUGAAACUUGCGAAAUGUCAGAUGAAACGAUGAAAGAUAACACAGAUGUUGCUGCAGCUGAAGAUGGGAAAAAUUACAGAAGGUUUAAUGUUUACCUUUGUGAUGCACAGAAGUCUCCGAUGGGUAGAGCAAAAGUGAUAGAGGAAUGGGAUCAAGUUGGAGGUGUGCUACUGAUGGGUUAUGAGAUGUAUCGAUCAAUCGCAUUGUAUUCAGGAAACAAGAAAAAUAAGGGGAAGGGGAAAAGGGGAAAUAGAUAUUUUGAUGAGGAUGGCGAAGUUUUUCCACGCUUAAAGAAAGCAAUUUGCAAACCAGGUCCUGAUUUAGUUGUUUGUGAUGAAGGACAUCGCAUCAGGAAUUAUCAGUCUGGCAUUUCACAGGCUUUGAAGAGCAUUAGAACGAGAAAACGUUUAGUUCUAACUGGGUACCCCUUACAAAAUAAUCUAAUCGAAUACUGGUGUAUGGUUGAUUUUGUUCGACCAAAUUACCUUGGUUCUCGUCAGGAAUUCGCAAACAUGUUUGAACGACCUAUCAUGAAUGGCCAAUGUGUUGACAGCACUGAUAAGGACAAGAUGUUGAUGCGUCAAAGAGCACACGUGCUAUAUAGUCUGUUAGAAGGCUUUGUACAACGGCGUGGACACAACGUGUUUCAAAAUAUUCUGCCACCCAAAGAAGAGCACGUGUUGAUGGUUCGAUUGUCGCCCAUUCAAAUAGCCUUAUAUCGUCGCUUAUGCGAGUUGACGAAAGAAGCGUACAACGAUAGUUUGAAUCCUAUUAAAACAUUUUGUCUAUGUUGCAAGAUUUGGAACCAUCCAGCUAUACUUUACAACGCCGUCCGUGCAAAUUUAGAAGGGAAGCCAGUGGACAUUAUCAGCGAUGAAGAUGACAUUACGCUAGACGAAUCAACCAAUAAAGUCAAACGAAAGAAAAAAUCUUCCUCUACUCGCUCUUCUCCACAGAUGAUGACUCACUCACACUCUACCUCUCAACUCGUUCGCUCUUCAUCUGUGGUGGAAAAUUCGUACACGUCACAAAUCGGGUUGGACCCGUUUAAUAAUGAUGCAAGGGAGAUUUUGACUGAUAUUUCACAGUGGGCUGGUCCAAUCUUUCAAGAGCAUCCAUUUAAUCCGUCUGAUAUUGAGAACAGUGGCAAGUUUUUCGUGUUGAAAGAGUUGAUUUAUCAAAGUAUUUCGUGCGGUGACAAAAUGCUGAUUUUCAGUCAGAGCCUUCUUACGUUGAACACGAUUGAAGAGAUGUUGCAAGUCAUGCCACUGACUGCUGACCGAUGUUGGAAGAAAGGACGAGAUUACUUUCGAUUGGAUGGAAGCACAGGCAGCCUGGAACGAGAAAAACUGAUUAAUUUGUUUAACGACAAAAAGAAUGUUGAAGUGAAACUGUUUUUGCUUUCCACCAGGGCUGGUUGUUUGGGUAUCAACCUAGUAUCCGCAAAUCGAGUUGUUGUCUUCGAUGUAUCAUGGAAUCCAUGCCACGAUGCUCAGGCCGUCUGCCGCAUAUAUCGGUAUGGUCAGACGAAACGAUGUUAUAUCUACAGACUCGUCUCUUCAAACACAAUGGAGAAAAAGAUAUACUAUCGACAGAUCUCAAAACAGGGAAUCUCAGAUCGCGUUGUAGACGAGCUAAGCUUAACUGAAAAUUUCUGCAAAAGCGAUAUACAAUCAUUAAUCGUCGAGGAUUGGGUGGACGAGCCUGUGAUCGAUUUUUCUAACAUCUAUGCUCAGUUUGAAGAUUCCGUACUAUCGAACGUGAUGCGUAAUUGCGGAGGCUGGAUAACCAAGACACCUUUUAAACACGAAUCUUUGUUGAUCGAAGAACAAUCGCGAAAAUUAAACUGUGUGGAGAAGAGAGCUGCCAAAAGAGCGUAUGAACAGGAACGCAUGAUGGCGCAGGGUUCACACGUCCCGUAUAGAAGUUAUCCUCUACAACAGAAUUUCCCUCGAAAUACUCCUGUUGUUCCAGUUCGACCAUUCCUAUGGCGCCCACCGACUCAGUCGACGUCGUGGCCUAACUUACAAAGCAAUUUGUUGCCGGUGGCCAAUAAUAUUACUGUACCUUAUUCUACCGCCACAGCGCGUGCACCAUCUUCUGAAGAAAUAUUACGUCUGCUCCAACGUCCUGGCUAUCCUGCUAGUUCAGCGUAUCUGGAUAACAUGGAUACCGAUUUACAACCAACGACGAGGACAACGACGCCGGAAUCAAGUGUUUUAACGUCUUUGUUGACGUCAGCCCGAAAUGCUCUUUCUGGACCGAGAAUAAACACGCCGAAUAUUACCACUGCCCGUUUUGAUAGAAACCCAUUGUUAAAUAUCAACCAAUCAAAUUCAGUAGUUUCUGAUCGAGCUAGCAUAUUAAACAAUGUAAUUUCCUAUGCUAUGACGACCCGUGUUAACGAUAAUGCGGUAACGGAUUCCUACACAAGUAAUAGUCGGGCGACAUCUGGCAAUACACCGCCUGUUGGCGUAAAUAAUAGUGUCGUACCAGUUACCUCGUUAAGUACUGGUGCAAAUCACUCGUCAAAUCAGAACGUAAAAACUCCUACUACGACGGAACAUUCCUAUUAUGGCCAACUUGACCCGUCAACGUAUUUUAAUGAUUUGCUAUUAGAUCAAGAUGCGUCCGCUCAAAACUUGCAACAACUUAUUGACUCGUUUAAUACGCAUCAAGAAGGUAACAGUAGUAUUCUAGUGUUGGAUGACGAAGACUGAAUGUUAUGUGUUCUUAGGGAUAGUAAAUAUCACAUAGUCUCCAUAACUCGAACUUCCACGUGACCAAAGGAGAUAAUUCAAAUCAACGAAUGUUCGAGGUGAACGAAGUUCUCCUUUACUCUGAUCUUAUUUAUGUAAUUUUAUGUAAAAUGGUUUUAAAAUAUCUGAGCUGUCGGAAAUAAUGUAAUGUUUUGUAAAGACUAUUAGGAAAGGCGUGCAGAAAAAGCUUAAGAAAUGAUGUACGGUAGAAAAGAAUGCGCAAUUGGUGGUUGCCAUUUUGCCUCAUGUUCGAUUUUUCUGUAAAUUUGAAAUAAAAUUCACUUUUGACAAUAUGAAAGCAAAACAUAACUAUAUGGUCGUAUUUUUAAACUGUCAUAGACAGGCCUUUGUGUGUGUGUGUGUCUGUAAUGCGUUCAAGAAGCCUUACUUAGUUUCUUUGGAGAUUUGUCAGGCUAAUUAUUUUAUCUAUUUUGAACUUAACGUGUUUUCCGAACCCUCGCGAGUUUAAGAGAAAGAGAAUAAACCACACUUCCACGACUUCGAACACUUUGACACGAUGCUAAAGGGUCAAUUAAAUUGUUAAAGAUUUUUCCUAAAUUUGCACAAUGCGAGACUCUAAACCGCAAUAAUUCAUGUCAUAAAAUCAAACGUUGAACGUCACAAUAUAUUUGUCGUCUAAAUUUGUACUUUUUUAUUUUUAUUCUUUUUAUAUGUAAAACUUUUAAACAAUACCAAAUACUUCUCUUUUGCAUUAUUCCCCAGUCUUUAAAAUGCAUUUUCAAUACGUUGUACAAAAUCGCCUCGAUUCGCAUUAAUUUAUAAUGCAUUUUUGCAUAAUUUUUUUACGCUUUUUUAGCCUCGAUUGUUCAUUUUUUUUCUAUUGGAAAAUUAGAGAAUAUAUGAUUAGUUUUAUUGUUUUACGAAUGUGGUUAUAUGCUGAUUAUUUUAAGUGCUAGAAGAAAUAGAUCAUGUUCAAGUUAUUUUAUUGUAAAAACAUACAGCACAUUAAUGAAAUAAAGAUCAGAAUUGUU